GGUGUGGUAUAGUAUCUCAGAUCAGGAAGAGCUCAAUAUAAAUAUUAUUUCACGGAGAGGCUCUGUGUCAGUAGAGAACUAUUUAUUUCAGUGUGUGUAUCACUGCUGAGAUACAGUGCAUUUAAACGACACAGGCGCGGAUCUAGACCGACACCGUUGCUGCUGCUGCUGGGUGUGUAGUUUAAUCUGUUUUGAAAACAGAAUCGGUUGAAGAAGUCGAAGAAAGUAAGAGUGAAAGAAGAGAACAUUAUUGUCAGGCAUCCUUUUCUUCUCCGUUCACUCAGACUACUUCAUCAUGGCAACAACAACCUGCACCAGGUUUACUGACGAAUAUCAGCUUUUUGAGGAGCUCGGGAAAGGAGCUUUCUCAGUGGUGAAAAGAUGCCUGAAGAUCUCCACAGGACAGGAGUUUGCUGCCAAAAUCAUCAACACCAAAAAGCUCUCUGCUAGGGAUCACCAGAAGUUGGAAAGAGAAGCUAGAAUCUGUCGACUUUUGAAGCACCCAAACAUUGUGAGACUCCAUGACAGCAUAUCGGAAGAGGGGUGUCAUUACCUAGUCUUUGAUUUAGUUACCGGAGGGGAAUUAUUUGAAGAUAUUGUAGCUAGAGAAUACUACAGUGAGGCAGAUGCCAGUCAUUGCAUUCAGCAGAUCCUGGAGGCUGUGCUACACUGCCAUCAGAUGGGUGUGGUCCACCGGGACCUGAAGCCAGAGAAUUUGCUUUUAGCUAGUAAAUUGAAGGGGGCGGCUGUGAAGCUGGCAGAUUUUGGAUUGGCUAUUGAGGUUCAAGGAGACCAACAGGCCUGGUUUGGUUUUGCUGGUACCCCAGGUUACUUGUCACCUGAAGUGUUACGCAAAGAUCCUUAUGGAAAGCCAGUGGACAUGUGGGCUUGUGGAGUUAUUCUCUAUAUUCUGCUGGUUGGCUAUCCUCCAUUCUGGGAUGAGGAUCAGCACAGGCUCUACCAGCAGAUCAAGGCCGGGGCCUAUGAUUUUCCGUCACCAGAGUGGGACACCGUGACUCCCGAAGCCAAAGAUCUCAUUAAUAAAAUGUUAACGAUCAACCCUGCCAAACGAAUCACUGCUACUGAGGCACUCAAACACCCGUGGAUCUGUCAACGCUCCACUGUGGCUUCAAUGAUGCACAGGCAGGAGACUGUGGACUGCUUGAAGAAAUUCAACGCAAGGAGAAAACUAAAGGGGGCUAUUCUUACGACCAUGCUGGCCACCAGGAACUUUUCAACAGCAAGGAGUUUGAUGAACAAGAAGACCGAUGGUGUAAAGAAAAGGAAGUCCAGCUCAAGUGUUCAAAUGAUGAUUAACAACAAAACCAACGUAGUAACCAGCCCUAAAGAACCUAUUCCUACCCCAGCGCUGGAGCCCCAAACUACAGUAAUCCACAACCCUGCUGAUGGAAAUAAGGAGUCCACAGAGAGCACAAACACCACCAUUGAAGAUGAGGAUGUUAAAGCUCGCAAACAAGAGAUUAUUAAGGUUACAGAGCAGCUGAUUGAAGCAAUCAACAAUGGAGAUUUUGAAGCCUACACGAAGAUUUGUGACCCAGGUUUGACAGCGUUUGAGCCUGAAGCCUUAGGCAACCUAGUUGAAGGCACUGACUUCCACAGGUUCUACUUUGAAAAUGCUCUGUCCAAGAGCAACAAGCCAAUCCACACCAUCAUCCUGAAUCCUCACGUGCACCUGAUUGGGGAAGAUGCAGCCUGCAUAGCCUACAUCCGCCUGACCCAGUACAUGGACGGGAGCAGCAUGCCAAAGACCAUGCAGUCUGAGGAGACUCGCGUGUGGCAUCGCCGUGAUGGCAAGUGGCAGAACAUUCACUUCCACCGCUCUGGCUCUCCGACUGUGCCCAUGAAAUAAGAUAAUGGUUAAUGGUGCCCCUGCUGCUGCAGUCACAUGACACAAGCGUUCAGGAGGCUGUCCUCAUUGUCAGGCUGUCCGGUCUCCUCCCAUGCAUGAGCUUUGGAUGGGCGUCCCCUCAAACACAUUCAUCAUGUACCAUUUGUUGUUUAUUCCAUCUGUACUUAUUGUUUACACUUCAUUGGAGGAAAUGUUCCAUGCAAAAUGAAAUGUUCCAUGAAAAAUAAUAAAAGUUUCUAAAAGA